AUGGGCGGGAUAUUGGGGAAUCGCGGAUUCCCGGAUACGGCCGCGCACCGCCUGCUCUGGCCCGGCCCCAGAGGAGCCUUCGCCGCCUCGGGCCGCGCGGACCCGACGCCGUGCUCUCCCACCCUGUCCCGCCCCAUCCCGUCCCAGUCCCGUCCGUCCUGCCCCGUUCAUCUCCGUCUCGACCUGUCCCGGAUGGCCGCGAUCUCUCGGGCACCCGCGGGCCGAGGGCAGGGCCACGGCCAUGUACCCCACAGGACCAGCACUCGUGGUGAACUCACCGUGGUGGACACAGAGCUGGAGAACGCUGGGAGAACUCGGUCCCACCGUGGCAGGUUCGUGAAGGCGUGCGAUGGAAACGCCCGCGGGGCCCAGCGGUGCCAGAUGCCAGGAAGCACCGUGUGGGCAGGGAACAUCCAGGUAGCCCAGAGCACUCUGGGCAGCGCCUCCCACGCGCGGUUAAGCUCGGUUCUGAGUAAAGUGGCACAACUAGAAAGCAAGAUCAUGAGUCAAAAAAAGCACCUGGAAUUGCAGAACACUGACUCGGGCCUGAAGCCUUUGGCUGAGGAGUGCCCCUCGUCUGCCUCUGGGCAUGGACGUGGUGCCAGGGGCACGAAGUACCGGAAGAAUUAUGGUAUUACCAGUGGGAAUGGGACCCGCAGGGAUGCCUGUUCUGAGGAAGAAGAAAGCAUCCAAAGCCCUAAAAAGAAUGUUACGGUUAAACAACAGCUUGAUUUGGAUAGCGAUGAAGAGGAAAUGAGAGAAUUGAUGGAGAGCUCUUUGGGGUUUUCCAGUGGAAAUGGGAAUCAGAAGGUUCUGAGCAAGAUUCCGGUUCCAUCAGGAAGGCCUCCUCCACCUCGUAAGGAAGUUUCACCAUUAGAGUUACCCAAAGCAUCUGCUUUUCACAACAAAGACUCGGAGAAAAGUGCAUUUGGUAAAGUUAAUUCACCAGCACCUUCACCCGCCAGCAGAAACCUGUCAGGACGUACCAUGAGAUCUCGAUUCCCAUCGUCUUCCGUGAAAGACGCCACUGUAAAGAUUGCUCUGCCUAAAGCAGGCUACACCAAGCAAAGCCAAGAAUCCCUUGAAAGUGACAGAAGUGAAAUAAAGUCAUUAGAUGAAUUGUUUUCAAAAGGAGCUGAUGCAGAAGAUCUGACCAGCUGCAGCUCAAAAUACUUCAGACUGAAUAUCCUGAGCCUUGAUGAUUUGGCACCUGAUACUACCAGUAAGGCAGCAGAACUACAGCAGAAAGGAAAAGACAUUCAGUUUACUCAAGAAUCAAACAAGUAUGUGAAAAAAGAUACAUUGGUGGGGGAAGAGGACCAAGCUGCUCUUAAAAUGACCAGUGCAGUAACUGGUGUGAGUGAUUCUUCUGAAGAGGAUGUUGAAAAAAGCGUCACCGAAGAUGAAAUCUCUGAACAAUUAAGUGGAGUUUCCUCAGAUCUCCCUCCACACAAACAGGAUUAUCUUAAUAAGAACGAGAGAACUCUUAAUUCAGAGUAUUCUGAAGACUUUGAAAGGUCUCUGUCUACAACAGACAGGGAAUCCCUAGAGGGACACGCUGCGAGCUGCGCGCGUUCCGGAGCACACCCAUCUUCAGCAUCAGCCCCGUUGGUCACCCAGGAGCGGCACAGCCGGGGACACCGAGUGACCGUCACAGAAACUGCAGUUCAGACAGCAGGGCCUCCGUUCACCUACUGCUGGGCAAAGGCAAACCCCUCUGCAGUGCUCUCCCCCCCUGUUGGAACCAGCUACAUCGAUCCAGUGCCAAUUGCCAGUCACGUCAUCAGCACGGACGCAGUAGAAGCCCUGACCGCGUACAGUCCCUCAGUUCUCGUUUUACAUACCAUGUGCAAGCAGCACGUGAUGCUGACCCAGCAGUUUGUUGAGAACAUUCACCACCUUCACACAUCCCUCGUGGAGUCAUUAGAGCAAGAGAAGUUCCACUACCAUACCCUGGAAGAGGCUAAAGAGUACAUCAAGAAUCACAAAUCCCCACCUCUAACAAUUGAGCAAGCACUUGAAGAAAUUCAGAGAGCCCAGGACAAGUAACAGCUUGGACAGUCACUGAACUUCAAAGUGAUGUUUAUAUUUACAGCUCUAAGGCUGAAACAAGAAACCUUCCAAGUUGCACAGAUAAAAGGUUAUAAACUAUUGGAAGGAUUUGUACAAACUGCUCUGUUAGUAUAAAUUAGUUAGUACAAAUUGCUAAUUGUUACAUAUCAUUUGCUUUUCUAUACCUGAAUUUUUUACUGAUGUACACAAUACAGGGAUAGGCAGAAGCCUUCAGCCAGACUCUGUCAGCAAAAAAGAAAUGGAGAGAACGCUCCUCUCUGCCGGGACCGCGAUAAGCCAUCACAUCCAGCCCGUGAAUUGUGAGAUCUGCGAGCACGUCUGUGAUCGUGGCAGAAGUGGAAGUCUGUACUGCAGCCCCCGAGAAAUAUGACCACAGCAGAAAAUUACCACAUCCUGACUUCAGUGCCAUUAUCCAAAGGGCAUUUUUAUAUAAUCAGCCUCGUCAGAUUACAACAAACCCAAACACACA